UGACCCAAUCAUCAUCUUUACUUUCAAGUCUAUAGUCAGAAAUGGAGAAAAAUAAUUAAAUUUAAUUCAAUUGUUUUCACUGAUUUACCAUCAACUUUAAUUAACCAGUCAUCAUACGAAGAUUGACUUGGUUAUUCUAUCGCCUGUUAAUUGUUGUGUGUUUUUCCAAUAAAAACUACAAUGUCUGGAUAUGAUUCAUUGAGGAGUCGUACACCAAAGGAGACACUUUUAGAAGGCUUUGUUAAGCGUAUGAAGAAAUCAAAUGAAGAAGGUAGAUACAAAGGAACCCGAAUUGACCAUGCAAAUUUUAUUUCCAAUGAUUCUCAAGAACCGUCCGGAGAGGAUAUGUGUGGUGAAAUGGUGGAUAAAAUGGUUACCAAGAUACAAUUGGCUCCAGUUAAUCCAUUAAAUAAACUCUAUUGUAGUUUAAUGAGUGGUCUUAGCAAUGAGAUUGACUUUGGUCUUCGUAUAUCAACAGUUCUAGCCAAUUCCAAGGAAUCUUCAUGGAUAUCAGAUUUCAAAUUUAUUGAUAUUCUAAUUGACAGUGUUGAACCAUAUUCAUGUUGCUGUGAUGAAGAAAAUAGUGAUUUGGUUAAACAAAUUGAUAAUGGUAGAGUUUUCUGCAAUAUCCGUGUCAAAGAUGAUCUAAAUAAUCAAUCUAAACCAUGUACCUGUUUACAAAGAUUUUGGUCUGGAUUAUUUAUGGAUAAAAGAGUAAUGAAUCUAGUUUAUGGUUCAUCUUCAUCAAAUGAUUUAGAUGAAAAUGGUGAUUCUUACAUGAAAUCCACAAUGGAUGAUGAUGAUGUUUCUUAUGAUUCGGAUGAUGAAAAUCUUUCUAAUUUUAUGGACACCAAAAAGCAUGAACCUAAAAAUCACCAGCGAAUCUACAAUCUAAUUAAAAAGGUAACCGAGAUAAUUAGAAAUUUAUCAUUUAACAUCUCGGAAUCUUCUAUACCAAAUGUUAGUGAUGAAUCAAGCGCCAGUGGUUAUUCAUAUAACUUUGCGACAAUCAAUCUCUUGAAAUUCCUAGUUCUGUUAAUUUCCUGUAAAGAUCAAUAUUAUCAAAAUCUUGGUUUGGAUAUAAUCUCCAAUAUUUCAUCACAUGUCGCCAUUAACAGCGUUAACUCGCAAUAUUUAACAUUUUUAGAUUUAAUUAAUAGAUAUUGUAUCAAUGCAAUACUAUCUUCAAAUGACAUCCAUCAAAUUAACCGAAGCCUGGAAAUAAUUUGUAAAAUUAUUUCAAGAUACAACAAUGAUCCCAGCGAAUAUAUAGCAAUUCAGCUAUUGGAUCAAGAACUUCUCCAAAGAUUAACGGAAUUAUUAACCUGUCAACAUGAUGUGAGCAUAGUGAUCUCAUCUCUUGAAUUACUUUUCGCUCUCUCAGAAUCAUAUCCUAAACUUUUAGCCGAAGAAAGCAAAUAUCUCAUAAAAAUACUUGUAAUGCUCCUCAACUGUGAGGCUUCUUCAUUUUUCACUAAGAGUGCGCUUUCAAGGAUUAAAAUUAUAGAUGAAAGGCCUAAACCAAUUGAAUUAAGUAACAAAACACCUAAUCAAAAAACGACCACAACUACAACCUUUGUUACACCAACAACAACAGACAAUGAAAGUUACGCUGUCGCUUGGCUUCGAUCAUGUUUCGAAGCUAAACCCAAUCCUGGUACACUUUUAAGGCUUAAUGAAAUAUACGAAGAUUAUGUCAAAGAAUGUAUCCGUUGUGAUCGUAAAAAUGUUAUCUCUGCUCAUAAUUUUGCGAUUCUAACCAAAAGAUGUUUCCCCUCAAUCACCAUGACCGGUCCAAUAAUUGACGGACUAAUUCGUCGAACUGUUACAAUAACCACUUCCACCAAAGGUCCUGGUGGAUUAUCAUCUCCCAUUCUUAAAGCUCAGCUAUGUGCUCCUCCCAAAGCGGGCUCCCUUUCUCCUGGUCCAGGUGGUGUAUCCACUCCUCCCAAUACAACAUCUACUUUAAUUAAAAAUCUAUUGGCAAAUAAACUGAGAACCAAUAAUAAUAGCCAAGGAACAUCACCUUGUACAACAACCAUUUCAUCAUUUUCCUCUAUUACCACCGGAUCUGUUACGGUAACUCCAGCUUCUGCUUCAUCUCCUAGUUCAUCAAAUAAAGACAAUGGAAAUUGUAGUAAAUCUGAUACCACCACAACAAUCAUUCCUUGUACCAUUAACAAUCUCAACAGUACCUUUACUCAACCCCAGAAGCCACAAGAACCUUAUCCUGAUCCAGCUGAUUUAACGCCCAGUGCCAAUAAAACAGCUUUCUCCAAUUCAUCACAGUCUAAUAAGUCAAAAGAUUCAAACUCUCACAGUAAUACUACACCAACAACGGUCAUUACUUCUAAUACACCAUCACAUUCAUCAACAUCUUCAACCUCAUCAACUUCAACAUUAACAUUAACAUCAUCCUCAUCAUCUUCAUCUACUUCAUCAUCAACACCUUUGAAUAACAUUUUCGUUACCAGCACAAGUAAUAACAACUCAUCUUUAUCAACAAGUGUCACCAUAACACCAGCAAUCGCAAAUACAACACCUUUAAUACCAGCAGUGUCAAGUGGAGGAUCAGUUAAUACUCAACAAGUAAUUGUUACAGCUAAUCCAACAUCAACUGCAAACAUUUUACAACCUCAAACAACCUGUAUCACAACUGGUCAAGCUUUACAAGGUGGAUCUGUUUUAUUCACUACACCAGGUCAACCUGGUCAAUCCCUCCAACCAAAUCAACCUCAACAAUUUUUAUUAGUACGAACCAUAGUUGGUAAUCAACAGCAAACCGGCCUGGUUGGUAUGCCUGCAGGAGUAGCUUCUGGUACACCGGUGCGAUUAAUUUUACCACCAGGAUUUCUUACCCAGCAACGACCAAUUCAACAGGCCAACGGUGUUGCCCCAGUUGCGAUAACAAGUUCAAAUGAUUCAUUAACUCGUAACGCAAUUCAAACUGUCUUGACUAACUCAAACAAAUUACCGAUAACCGUUAGCACAUCGCAAACUUUUGUAACCAGUCAACCGAUAACAUCCUUAGCCAAUGUUACAACCGCUUCUUCAUCAACAUCUCAGACAGCAAAUUCUAAUUCAAAUGAUAUUCUACUGAAAGCUGUUUUAGGAAGUGGAAUUGUCAGUGAAAAUCCAUCAACACCAACCAAUUCGAACACUAUUCCCAAUAGAUCUAAUACAGUUAAAUCAUCGCCUUUGCUUAAUGUUCUUCUCGAUAAAGGAAAACUUCCUGAUUUCUCUGCCAUGGCAGGAACUAUAAAUCAGUCUAAUGUAACAAAUUCAUGUGUAACAACCAUCACCUCUGUGACCACCUCAUCAUCAUCAACCACCCCCUUUAACAAUCCACCGAUAUUAAAUACUGUAUCAUCAGCAUCAACUCCCAUCACAAAUAUGUCACCAUCACAAUCUAAUAAGGUGUACAUAUUGACCACAAAAUCAUCUUUACCAAUCAAAAAUGUGUCCAAUGUUCAACAACAACAACAACAGUUAGGAGGGCAGAUAAACUCAACUACUGUCGCAACAAAUAAUCUCCAAAAGUCCAUCACAGUACAACAAUUAAAUCCAACAUUAACAGUGCAACAACAAUUAGCUACUAAUGUAAUUCAACAACCGCCAACAACAACCCAACAAUCAGCCAUAAAUAGUUCUGAAACCACAUUAAACAGCUCAACAUUAGUAUCUGUUUCAACGCCAACGUUAAAUAAACUAGUGUCUUCAACAACAGAUUCAUCAACUUCUAUACAAAAAACUUCAAUAUCCUCUACAACAGUUAAACCUAUUCAAAUUGACACAUUGGAAUCUAAAUCAACUUUAAUCAAUAUAAAAACUGAACUAAGUAAUGGUGAAAUAACCUCAAAUUUGGUACAAGAAAUUGGUAAAUCAACUAUCAAACCACCAAAUGAAAUAAUAUCAGUUAAUGAGUUGAAUAAAUCAAUUGAAAGUAGUGCAAGUAAAUUGAUCUCAAAAAGAUCUAAUGAAGAAGAAGAUGGUAAACCUGAAGCCAAUAAGAAAAUGAAAUCCAAUAACUCCAUAAAUUCAAUUAGCAUAACGCCUUUAAAGAAGGAAAUUACAGUUGAAUCACAGCAAUUAACUAAUAAAAUCAAAACAAAUGGUACAAGUGUAAUUACCUCAUCUAAUGGUCAACAAGGAAAAGAGUUAACAUCUUCAUCUUCACAACAAAACAAAUCCAUGACAGAUUCAGCAACAAACACAUCACCCCCUGGUCCCGUCAAUGGAACUCCAAACACCAAUGCCUCUAAUACUGCUCAAACUGCAACUGUUAAAUCAAAGCCAGCAAUCAAAUCCACCUCAGUCAAUCUUAAAAAUUUACAAUUUCAUUGUGAAUGGCACGAGUGUAAAAAAGUUUUCAAUCGUCCAUCUCAAGUUUAUUGGCAUGUUCAUAAAGAACAUGUCAAUAUCUACGGAAAUACCUCUGAAAAAAUGACCUGUAAAUGGGGUGGCCUAGAGGGAAGAGGACCUGGUUGUUUAGCAUCUAGACCAAAAUUAUCUUUAUUAACUCAUAUUAAUGAUUUUCAUUGUAAUGCUGCUGCCUUACAGCAAUCGGCUAUACGACGUGAGUCUGGAGUUAAUGUACCACCACCAAUUGUGCCACCCGCUCAUCCAGGUUACUCUUCUAACGCUGCCCUUUUAGCCAUCCGAAGGCAUGCCAUUAAUUAUGUGGAACUUCCCAAGCCCCCGCCAAUUACACCUUUAACUCCAAUAACAACUAGCAUACGUUUAACAGCAGCUUUAAUCUUGAGAAAUUUGGCUCAAGUUUCAUCCAAGCUUAGAUCAUUUUUACAAAGUCUCGAACCCUAUUUAAGUGAACUUUGCAUAGUCGAAGGACGAGAAGAGUCAAGAACCAUCGCACAGUGUUUAGGUGUAAUAACGGAAAGAAAUGAAAGAAAAAAAGCUGAAUAGAUUCAUUUAUGAAGAAAAAUCUAAUUCAAAAAAGUCUAGAUCAUCAUAAGAAAGAAAGCGUGUUGAUAACCAGAGGAACCACCAAAAUCUCCGCCACUAAAGUAUCAAUUACUCAAGCGAAACAAUAAAUAAACAAGAGGAUCUGAUUGAACAAUUAAAACAAAAUAAUACCAUCAACUAAACUGGAUUAAAAUUAAAGUUGCCUGUUGAAAUGAUUUCAAAAACCAAAUUAACUUCUAUCAAUACUCCUCCGAUCACCUUUUCCCAUGGUUUCUGGUUAACCCUCUGAAGUGGAUUAGUUCAUGUUUAAAAGCAAAUUGCAACAAAAAAUUAUAGCCUGAUAGUUGUAUAAAUUUAUAUCGCUGAAUGUUCAAGGUUAUUUAUAUUUAUGUUAUAUUGAGCAUUUAUUGAAUGCAUUUCUCUCCCUUUCUCUUUCUCUCUCUCUCUUUCUUUAUAUCAUUUUUUUCCGGUAAACUUAAAAAAAAUCAUCAUCAAUGUGAAUCUUAAGUGUAUUUUUUGGAGAGGUCAUUUUUUUGUUUGUCAAUAGCAAAACUUUGCCUUGAGGAAAAAAAAACAAUAAGAUGUUAAUUGUAUCAAAGGAAAUUUAAAUCUCCAGGGAACAAGUCAACGAUGAGUUGAUAGAUUUAAUUUUUUGCACGUUAAAUUGUCAACAGAUAAACAACCAAACCACAUUACACACACAAGAAUAAUUAAGGAUCAAUUAAAGCAAAGGAACACCACAAGAUUGAUUGAGGAGAUGAAACAAAAAACAAUUGUGUAUAAAAAAUUUCUAUUAUCUCAUUUUUCUCCCUCUCAUCCCUAUCCAACUCUCUCAAGUUAACUCUCCUUAUAAUCCCAUCCCCGCCUUUAUUUUCACACCUUUUCUCCCUCUUCCCCUCUCUCUCUUUCUCAUCCUCUCCUUGUCUCUCUCUCAUUCUCACCCAUUUUUAUUUAACUUUGCUUUUCGUGAUCAGCGCUUUUUUUAUUGCAUUUGAAUAAAUUUAUUGUACACCCAUA